CUCGCUAAUGUAAGGCCUCCCGAGUCAAUGAGUUAAUUGGUCCUCCUCCACUGCCGUGUUCAUCACAGCGGCCUGUAUAGGCGAUUGGUUAGCCUAGAUGGUUCGUCAGCCGCCAUCAAAGCAGUCCGUAUUCACUAUCAAUCUGGUCUAGCACCCCUGCUUGCCCCUCUUGUGCGGUGUCUUUUCUUCUUCUCCCUGCUCCCCUCUGCGUGGCCAAUUGUCGUGGUCCUCUCCUUGAAAUAGUGUCUCUGCACCUUAUCUUGUCUGUUUACGCGCUCUCCGUGACAUACAUCCCUUGCUUCUCCAUUAUUGUUGUUGCACCUUAUAUCUGUCGAGAGUACACCCUUGUCAACUGGAGUAAUUCCGUCACAACAUUUCUAUCCAUCGUGUCGCAAUCUAGCGCAGAGACACAGAAGCAGACAACCGUAUCCAUAUUUCCACCCACCAGUCACAAUGGGGUCAUCCGAAGAGUCAAUAGAUCGGUCUCCUCAGCCCGAACCCGGAUUGAAACCAGAGGGCCACAUUGAAGCGCUCACAUCAGAUCUUCCUCCUCUCACCACAACCACGGAGCGCAGGCUCAUGGCCAAGAUUGACUGGCACAUCGUCCCGUGUCUCUGCGUCUUGUAUCUGCUUGCUUUCCUGGAUCGUGUCAAUAUCAGCAAUGCGGCCGUACUCGGGCUCGAAACGGAUCUCAACAUUGCUACGGGAACGAAGUACAAUACCGCACUCACUAUAUUCUUCGUGCCCUACGUUAUAUUCGAGAUUCCAUCCAAUAUCUUGCUGAAAAAGUGGAAACCUCAUGUAUGGUUGUCUUUUUGUAUGUUCGGGUUCGGCCUCGUCAUGAUAUGUCAGGGUCUGGUCUCAAAUUGGGGUGGACUUAUGACUACACGCUGGUUCCUGGGCAUGUUUGAAACGGGCAUGUUCCCCGGAUGCUUCUAUCUUCUGGGCAUGUGGUAUAAGCGCAGUGAGGCACAGAAGCGCUUUAGUUUCUUCUUCAGCUCAACCACAUUGGCGGGCGCCUUCGGCGGCCUGCUUGCCAGUGGUCUAGGGAAGAUGGCCGGACUCCGAGGCUACGGGGGCUGGCGGUGGGUUUUCAUCAUCGAGGGUGUUAUCACUUGCGUGGUUGCCAUUGUCUGGUUCUUUAUAAUACCGGGGUUCCCAGAGGAUGUCAAGUGGCUUAAUGAGGAAGAGCGGGCGUACAUUCGGGCUAAGCUGGCUCGUGAUGCAGGGAAAGCUGGGCACAAUGCUCGUAUGGGUUGGCGCGAUGUGUUAGCUGUGUUCAAGGACUACAAGAUCUUCCUUGGCGGGUUUAUGUACUUCGGGCAGGUUGUCACAGCAUAUGGAUAUGCUUUCUUCGCCCCGACUAUUAUCAAGACCUAUGGCUACGGAACCAUCCAAACCCAACUGUACUCGAUUCCACCAUGGGCAGCUGCAUUCGCAUUCUCGAUGGUAAUCGCAACGUUUUCGGAUCUAACCAGACAUCGGCUGGCUUUCACUUUGAUCCCUACAGCAAUUGCUAUGGCUGGAUUUGGAAUACUAUUGAACGUACACGGAGAGGCUCAUCGACACGUCCAAUACGGCGCGCUCUUCAUGGUGACCUGUGGCUGCUAUAGUGCGAUGCCGGUUAUUGUAUGUUGGUUUGCUAUGAACCUAGGAGGUCAUCGUAGGCGCAGCGUGGGCACGGCAUGGCAGGUUGGGUUCGGGAACACGGGAGGUAUCAUCUCCACAUAUGCAUUCCUAGCCAAAGAUGCGCCUGAGUAUCGCAAUGGCUACAUUAUUAGUCUGUCCUUCAUCUGCUUCUCCGCGGCCUGCUGCAUUGGAUACUUUGUGGCUCUCUGGGCGGAGAACAAGCGACGAGACCGGGUCAUGGCCAAUGGCGCCCCCGCGGAGCUGCGAGAAGAUGAAGAAGAGGUCCAGGGAGAUCUGGCGGUGACCUACCGCUACGGCUAUUAAGCAAUUUUCCCAAUGCAGCUGGAGGAUCCUAUCUUUAAUUCUAGCGGACAUCUACAUUCUACAUAGAGCACGAUGUUAUUCAUAGUUAUACCGUAGUAGAUAGGGCUAGCUAGGGCUGUCCUUGAUAAGACACACGAACAGGUGAAACGAGAAUAUGGAAUCUAAA